AUGUAUACUACAACAAUACUAUCUUCUUUGAUACUUCUUGGCAAUGCCGUUGCCAUUGACUGUCGGCCGCCAGGUCCAGUCGUGCCCAAGCCGAGAAAUCUCCACGCGAAUGAGCUCUUCGCCCAAGCCACGGCCAACUUAACCGGCGCUCUGGAGUCGGCGCUGAACGGCGCUAUAGUGGCCGGGUGGCCUGUGGAAAAUACCUCCUUCUCUAUCGGCCUCGUCUCCUGGGACCAGCCUGAGAAAGCCGUCCCGACUUGGGAAUACCACCAUCUAGCCCCAACCAACGUAAACGGCACCAAGCAUCUCACCAGAGACUCCCAGUACCUCAUCGGGUCCAUCUCCAAAGUCUUUACAGACUAUAUCCUGCUGCAGAGUGGGCUGGAGCUGGACAGCCCCAUAACCGAGUACUUAUCCGUGCUCCAAGAUGAGGCGAACUUGAUACACUGGAGGAAUAUCACGUUGCGACAUCUUGCAAGCCAAGUUGCCGGUAUCCCGCCAAACUAUGGGUUCUCAGAAUACUAUUAUCUCAAAGAGUAUUUUGUAGCCCUUGGUUUCCCUCUGUUGCCCGAUAGUGACUAUCCGCCAUGCGGCGUCCUGGAACUCAAUGGAGGGUGCACCAAAGAUCAGUUCUUCCAGGGGAUGUUGAGUUCCUACCCGGUUGCUGCCCCUGAGUCGCGACCCGUCUAUUCCAAUAUCGCGUUCAACUUAAUUGUAUACGCGAUUCAGGAACAGACGGGCCAAAACUACACGGAGCUAUUGCGAGAUUUCGUCACCACGCCACUGGGUCUGUCGAACACCAUGGUGAGUCCCGGAGAUGAUAGUAAGGCUGUUAUUCCUCCAGUGGAUAAUUCUUGGGGCAGCGACUAUGGAGACAAUGCACCAGGCGGCGGAUUGGUAUCCUCUCUCUCAGACCUCUCCAUCUUCAUUCGAGGAAUCCUAGACCACAGCAUCCUUGAAAGCGAGACAGAAGUCCUGCAGUGGCUCAAGCCGAGUUCCAGCACCGGCUCCCCCAGCUCCCUCGUCGGGAUGCCGUGGGAGAUCUACCGGACGCAGGAAUUGACACCCGCGCACCCACACACGAUCGACAUCUACGCCAAAGCGGGCUCGGCGUACGGCUACCAGUCGCACAUGGCCGUGAUCGACGAGUACGGCGUGGCCGUGGUAGUCCUGACGGCCGGGUCUGCCAAGGCCACCGACAUCAUCUACGGCACGGUGCUCUCGACGCUCAUCCCGGCCAUUGACGAGAUAGCCCGGUCACAGGCCGCGCAGUACACGGGCAGCUUCGUCAGCGUCGCCGAUGGCGGAGUCAACGCCACGUUGGUCCAGGACGACGACAGCCUCGUGCUGGCGGGCCUGCGACGCAACGGCACCGAUGUGCUCGAGGGGCUGUUCGAGAUCAACCGGGUGGCCAUCGGCGGGUUCCUGAACGUCGAGCCCUCGCGGGCGCGGCUGUACCCCGUCGGGGUCGAGGCGCCAGGCUCGCGCCCGCGGCCCGACGGCUCGAACGGGACCGUCGUCCUGCAGGACUGGCGCGUCGACUGGGUGUUCGAGAUGCGGUCCGACUCAGAGCUGCCCGGCGCGGCGCUGACCGCGGGCGACUGCCUGACGUGGACGCUGGCGGACUGGAUUCACUACGGCUCGGAGCCGCUCGACCGCGUCGUGUUCGUGCUGGACCCGCAGACCCGGCAGGUCCUGGGUGUUGAGGUGCCUUUCAUUCGCUCCGGUGUCCUGGGGAAGAGUGAAAGCGGUGACUAG